ACAAAAAAUAACGGGUAAAGAUUCACUAGUUGUAUAGACGGAAAACGUAUUCAAAUACGGUAGUAAUAGAACUCUAGUGCUAAUUAAGCUCCCGUAUCUGUGUGCAGUUUGACAGCAUCAAUUGAAUUGGUUUAUAUGAUAUUUGAGGCGAUGCAGAGUGUCUUGUAAGAAAUGGACCCAGGUGAGACGGCAACAGCUUUUGCUUAUGCGAGUUGGUCAUGGACGGUGGUGUGCCUUUUCCUAUCAGGUAUUUUUUUUGGUUCAUUCAUAUCAGGCAUGUUACUCAGUUGGAAAGCCUUACUCAGCAGCAAGUUCCGGGCUCUGCUGGGUUACCAAGAUUCAGAUUCGGGCGAGGAAGUUUCGGCUUCUCUUCAUUCUCUGGGUUCAAAUAUCAGCAAAGACAGCUCUCUUAUCCAGCAGGCAGAUUCAGCUUGCUAUCAUCUUCCUCCGGAGUCAAAGUCAAUUAUCAGUGAGAGGAGUACGUUUUAUAAGCGGGGUUAUAAAUAUGAUGUGUAUCUGAGUUUCGCAGGUGAUAAAAAAUGCAUUAGUUUUAUUAAUUAUCUUAAGUAUCAUCUCUUGAAAGAAGAUAUUUUGGUCUAUAGAGACGAGGUGGAUUUACAGAAAGUAGAUAUAAUCACAGCACGGUUCCGCCAAGGAAUUAAAGAUUCACGGAUUUCUAUCGUUGUCUUCUCAAGACAUUUUGCUAGCUCAAUUUUGUGUUUGGAAGAACUGGUUGCUAUAGUUGAUUGUCACAAAAAUAAGAAGCAGGAACUUGUCCCAAUUUUCUCUGAUGUGGAUCCACGUGAUGUUCGACAUCAAAGUGGGGCAUGCAAGUUUGCCUUUGAUUCUCUAAGGAAGAGAGCUAAAGAUUAUCCUGACAAGAUCUACAAAUGGAAGGGAGCAAUGACGUAUUUGGCAAAAUUAAGUGGUUUUCAUUUAACACAUCAGGCAAAAGCCGAAUGGAUUGAAAGAAUCGUUGAGGAGGUGUCGGACAUACUGGUUUAUAAAUUCCAAAGGACAAGGUCCACUGAUAAAACUCCAGGAUUCACUCAAAGAAGACCAUCAUUGCAGGAAGUCAACAAAUAUGACGUGUUUCUCAGUCUCAGACGCACCCACACUAGCUACACACUUAUUGACAAUCUUUACCAUUGUCUCACCAAGGAAGGAUUUUCCACCUUCAAGAGUGACGACAAGAUUCAAAGAAAAGAAUCCAUUCCGUCACAGGUCCUCCAAGCAAUCAAAGAUUCGCAGAUUCUUAUUGUUGUCUUCACAAGAGAUUAUGCUGACUCAACAAGCUCCUUGGAAGAAAUAGCUACCAUAGUUGAAUGUCACCGGGAACCAAAACAAACUAUCAUCCCAGUUUUCUUUGAUGUGGAUUCUAUGGAUGUUCGAAGACAAACUGGCCCUUACGAGAAAGCCUUCGCUUCGUACACAAAGGAAUUCAAACAAGAUCCUUUCAAGGUUCAACGGUGGAGGUCAGCUUUGAAGCGAAUGGCCAAUUUGAGUGGUGUGGUUCUAAGAGAUGAACCAGAGAUUCAAGCGAUUGGAAAGAUCAUUCAGAUAGUAGAACUAUGCAGUACGCUUAGUAGCCAUAAUCAAGUUGGAAUACAAUCCAAUUUAAACAUGCUAGAGAAGCUUUUGAAAUUAGAGGAUGAGUGUGUAUUAGUUCUUGGAAUUUGGGGAAUGGUUGGAUCUGGAAAGACAACUCAUGCUUUAGCUUUGUAUGACAGAAUCUCUGAGCAAUUUGAGGCUGCUUGUUUUAUUAAGGAGGUAAGCCAGGUUUACAGAAUCGGUGGUGCUACUGCUGUUCAGAAACAAAUCCUCCAUGGAACAUUAAACGAAAAACUUUCAGAUGUUUACAGUCCUUUCGAAAUAUCUGGAUUGGCAAGGAAAAGGUUAUCUUGGAAACGGAUCCUUAUAGUCUUUGACAAUGUUGAUGAACUAAUGCACUUGAAGGAAUUGGCUAUAAAUCCUAUAGUGCUUGGGAUGGGAAGUAGGAUUAUCAUAACCACUAGGAAUAGGCAAAUUUUGAAUGCAUAUGGAGUAGAUGAAAUUUACCGCAUUCCACUAUUGAAUAAAGAUGAAGCUCGUGAUCUGUUCCUGAAUGCUUGUCGAGGUGGUAUUGUUAAUGAUCAGAGCUGUUCUGAGUUCAUUCCUAGAGUACUAGAAUAUGCUCAUGAUCUUCCGUUGGCAAUCAAAGUACUGGCUUCUCUUUUGCAAUACCGUGAUGUAACCUUCUGGCAACAUACCUUGAAUAGACUGAGAAGAGGGCCAUUUUUUGAAAUCAUGGAGCCUCUUCAAACAAGUUUUGAGAGUUUAGACCAGGAAGAGAAACAAAUCUUUUUGCACAUUGCUUGUUUCUUUCAUGGGAAGAGAGGGGAUUAUGUAAUCCAAGUUCUAAAUUCUUGUGGAUUUUUUGCUGAAAUUGGGAUUCAAGCUUUGUUGGACAAAUCACUCAUCACUAUCCAAAAUGAGGAAAUUCAUAUGCACGGUCUGUUGCAAGAUUUGGGAAAGAAAAUUGUCCGUGAAGAAGAUCCAAAAAAUCCAGCAUUGCGUAGUAGAUUGUGGCUUAGCGAGGAUUUUAUCGUUGCCUUGAACUCAACAACGAAGGGAAGCAAAGUUAAAUCCAUAGUUCUAUAUGAGGGUAACUCUGCCUCCCAACAUGAAUAUUUGAACAUUGAAGGAUUGUCAAAAAUGAGAAAUCUUGUACUGCUGAUAUUAUAUGAUCAAGACUUUGGGGGAAGUCUACCUUCUCUUCCCCACAGAUUACGGUAUCUUUGGUGGCAGGGAUAUUCUUUCUCUUCUUUGCCUUCAUUUGAACCGUAUAACCGUCUUGUUGAAUUGAAUUUGCCUAACAGCCGCAUCGAACACCUAUGGAAUGGCUGCAAGAACUUCCCACGUUUGGAAAGGGUGGAUUUGAGUUACUCAGAAGAGCUCAUAGAGACGCCAAAUUUUGAAGGGAGCUCAAGUCUUAAGCGGCUAGAUCUCACGGGAUGCACAAACCUAGUGCAAGUCCAUCCAUCUAUCGGAUAUCUUAAAGAACUUGCUUACUUGAGUUUCCGUGACUGUUAUAAGUUGGUCACCCUCAAUCUUGAUCAUGAAAGCAAAUUAAGUUCUUUGAGGGUUCUUGACCUCUAUAAUUGCAAAAAUCUUAAGAACAUACCAGAUUUUACAGGACUACCCAAUCUUGAGCACAUUGAUCUUGGAGAUUGUACAAGUUUAUCUACUAUUCAUCAUUCUAUUGUGAAUCUUAAAAAGCUUAAGUUCUUAAAGGUGCCAGCCACCAUAAAUCUUGAGUUAAGUGAUGUCACAAUUAUUCAAACUCCAUAA